AUGGAGCCCGAGAUGCAGGCGGCGGAGGAGGGGCCCAGCGCGCCCCGCAUCUACAAGCAGCGCGGCCCCUACAGCGUCCUCAAGACGUUCCCCAGCCGGCGGCCGGCGCUGGCCAAGCGCUACGACAGACCCUCUCUGCUAGAGCUGUCGCCCGCGCGGCCGUCCCCGCUGCCGCCGCCGCCGCCGCCGCCGCCCUUCGCCUCGCUCGCCGCCGUGCCCAUCAGCAGCAGCGAGCCGCCGCCGUUCCCGACGCAGCCGUCCUACCCGGCCGGGUCAGGCCGGGCCCCCGCCGCCGCCGCCGCCUCCUCGUCGUCGCCGUCCUGCACACCCGCCGCGCCCCCGGGCCACCCGAGGACUCCGGCGCCACCGCCGCCGCCGCCGCCGCCGCCGCCCCUCGCGGCCCCCGCCGCCUCGUCGUCGUCGUCCUUCGCCGCCGUCGUCAGGUACGGCCCUGGCCCGGCGAGCGGCGCGGGCAGCAGCGGCGCGGGUAGCGACGGCGCCAGCCUAGAGCUCAGUGCAGAGAGCCGGAUGAUCCUGGAUGCCUUUGCCCAGCAGUGCAGUCGUGUUCUUAGUCUCUUAAAUUGUGGAGGAAAACUUCUGGACUCCAGCCACUCUCAGUCCAUGAUUUCUUGCGUCAAGCAGGAAGGCUCUAGUUAUAACGAAAGACAGGACCAGUGCCACAUCGUAAAAGGGGUCCAAAGUCAGACCUCUGACAACAUAGACAUAGAAAUGCAAUAUAUGCAAAGAAAACAACAGACUUCUGCCUUUCUGAGAGUGUUCACCGACUCUCUCCAAAAUUACCUGCUCUCGGGGAACUUCCCCACUCCGAACACCUCAUCGGUCAGUGAGUAUGGCCACCUGGCUGAUGUGGACCCUCUCUCAGCCUCCCCGGUGCACACGUUAGGUGGCUGGACCUCCCCGGCAACAUCUGAGUCCCACGGUCACCCGUCCUCCUCCACACUGCCGGAGGAGGAGGAGGAGGAAGAGGAAGGCUACUGCCCUCGGUGCCAGGAGCUGGAGCAGGAGGUUAUCUCGCUGCAACAAGAAAAUGAAGAACUCAGAAGAAAAUUGGAGAGCAUCCCAGUGCCCUGCCAGACCGUCCUAGAUUACCUAAAGACAGUGCUGCUGCACCACAACCAGCUCCUGCCGCAGCCCGCCGAGCAGCCCACCGAGGGAAGCAAGCAGCUGUUGAACAGCUAUCCUGUGUACAUAACGAGCAAACAGUGGGACGAGGCUGUGAACUCUUCCAAGAAGGACGGGAGGCGGCUUCUGCGCUACCUCAUCAGAUUCGUCUUCACCACCGACGAGCUUAAGUACUCAUGCGGCCUUGGGAAAAGGAAAAGGUCAGUGCAGUCAGGAGAGACAGGUCCCGAAAGACGCCCUCUGGAUCCAGUUAAAGUCACGUGCCUCCGAGAAUUCAUUAGGAUGCACUGUACCUCAAACCCUGAUUGGUGGAUGCCCUCGGAGGAGCAGAUAAACAAAGUGUUCAGCGAUGCCGUAGGUCACGCCCGACAAGGGCGGGCAGUGGGGACUUUCCUGCACAACGGUGGCUCGUUUUACGAAGGGAUGGAUCACCAGGCUUCCCAAGAUGAGGUCUUCAACAAGAGCUCUCAGGAUGGGUCUGGGGACUAGCGGACAGAACCUAGCAGUGGUGUUUUGGUUUUUUGUGUAAGAGCUCCAGUUGUGAAUGUCCAUCCCCUUGUCUCUUAGAGUCCAAAGCAUGGUAUUCCGUCAUACUUUACACAUUCUUGACCCACUGCCACAGUUCCCAAAUACGAAUCCACUUUAGGAUUCGGGGGGGAAAUGAGCAGCUGCAGUAGAUUGGGGUGUAUUCUAUCACAGAGGAGAAUGUACAGUUAACAUGAAGUCAUUACUAGCUGGUCAUUGAGAGUGACUCCAGCCCCAGAUCUUCAGGGAAGCCUGGCCUCCUGAGCAGAGCUGGUCUCCAGGGAAGGUUCAGUUGGUGUUCCUGCACAUGGGGGAAGGGAAGACAAGCAACGCGUAUUUUCUUUAAUUCAAGUAAGCUGUCUUUCAUUUUCCUAAGACUUGGUUUUAGAGUUCUCAGCAAAGACACAAGCUAGGUGAGACUGUAAGCUUCCAUCUGUUUUAAACUCUUACGAUAAGCCAGAACAGAGGCCAUGUCUGUAGAGGGUACUUGAUGGAAGUCAGCUAUUUUUCUGUUCUCUUACACGCAAAACUCACUGUGUCAAUCAGAAAGGCAACCUCAUUGCUGUGGUUUACAAGCAGAGAUUCUCUUUACAUCUUUAGGAAACAUCCAAAGAUUCAGACCCAUUUUCAAAUGCCUCAUUUCAUAAGUUCUAACACAUAGCCUUCCAUAGCCUUACAUCAUGCUUUGUUGACACAAUGCCAGGGUGGUGGGUUCACUGAGAACCUCUACGAGCUAGCUAUUUGGUAAGAUCAAACACAGGGCAUGAAUGACAGUAUCUGCUGUUGAUAAAGGGUCGGGUAUUGUAGACACGUAGCUUCAGUGCCGUUCUGACAACUAUGCAAUGGCUUAUGGGUGAUUUCUCUGAAAUUUGAGGCCUUUUUCUGGGCUGAGUGAAGGUUUAGAAUAUAUAAAACUUCUGUUCCCCACUGUCAUGGAUGAAAACACCUCAACCAGCUGUGCCUCUCCUUUUCCCACAGUCCCUCUGUGGUCUAAGUUCUGAGUUACUGCUCUGCUUCCCUGCUUAAUUUGCGGCAUCCAUGUGAGAAGUCACACAUGUUAGUGAUGUCUAGUAAAGGCUACAGAGGUGCUGGAAUUGUUCCUGAUGAAGGUUAAACUUUUGGACAUGAGGAGAAGGCUAGUUUUAUUUUUUUUAAUCCCUCCCUCCCCCGUUGGCUUUGUUAAACAAAUCAAGAUUACUGUGUUCUUUGUGGAACCAAAAGCUAAAUGGGCAGCAUUUAUGAAAAUUAUGAAUGCCAUCUACAAACACAGCAAAGAGCUUUGAAAUGGGAUAGAAAUUCAGACUGAGUAUCCAUUUAGAAAAGGUCUGUAUGGGAGGCCAGUUUUGUCAGAAUAAAUCAGACAUCCUUUAUAUUCAGUAUUUAGCAUCGGAUUUUGAACAAAUCGGCCAAACAGUUUAGAAGUAAAAGAAAUUAAACGAGUAAAUGAGAUGUCAUUUACAUGGACCGAAGACCAGUGUCUUUGGCUGUCCAAGAGAAAGGGAUGUUGUUUUCUUAAUUAGGAAAGCUGUCUCCGGAUAGCAUCCAGGACAGCAUGUUGAUAGCUUCUUGCUGGUCUGGGGCACUCACUAUCAUCUUGUUUAAAAUCCUCAUCUGCAGCACUGAAGACGUCUCUCAUUGCUGUUUAUCCACACGGCUGAGCCCCGUUCCUCUCUUUGGUGGUUUAUUUACUGCCUGCUCAACCUCAUUGAGUUUGGUCAGUAAGUGUGAAAAGCUUUCUUUGGUUGUCCUGUAGUCUUUAAACGAUCCAUCGAGUUUUCUCGUCCACAAGUUUGCAACUCUGCCUAAGUAUGGAAAGUUGGCAGGAGCAAGGCUCAUGGCGCUGGAGCUUCAGAGCCCCCAUGUGAGGAAUCAGGAAGACCCCAUGGAGUGAUCCUCCUCCACCUCUUUAAAGGCUCUGAUCUCAACACCAGCUCGGGGUGCCCUGGGAUAAGCUCUUGUCAGUGAAGCUUCUCAUUGUCAUCUGCAUAGGCUGGUACUAGUUUUAGUUGAGCUUGUGCUGUGCUGUGCUGUGCUGUUCAGCCUACAUCACCUUCCACAUCAAAUGUAGCUUUAGAAGAGGGUAUCUAAAUCAUUUGUGGGUACCAUACGACUGCACCUCUCAAGCCCACUGUCGGGUCAGGGUCAGCAGCUGGAAGAAUUGAUCCUUGAUAGAGGGUUGCAUACAUCGCUUUAAGUCUUCCACUUCACUUGUCGAGGUUUUCUGGUCACGUGAUACAGUCGUCCUGAUUCUGCUUUUGCAGUCUUCACUUCUGGUCUCCUUAACUUCAGGGUUUUCCCAGGUCCGGGCUUACCGAUUUGGUUAAACUCCCCAGCUCCGUUGACAUGUGAAUAGGAACAAGACUUUCUUUCCUACUUACAUAAAGAAGGGAACAGCGUAUAGACAAGUAGGCAAUGAUAUACUCCACCAGGGGCUUUUGCCGCUUGCCCAGAUGUGCAAACGGCAACAUCUGCUCCCUCUACUGCAAGGUCUAGGUAAGAAGUGCAGAGCACUCCUGAUGGGCUGUUGUCAUUUCCAUCUGGUGACACGCUUGUCAUAAACUCCACAGUGACAAGCACUGUUGUGGGAGCGCUGUUCAAUAGGAUAUUGAAAACGGUAUUUCUUAGUGUGUGAUCCAAGGUCUGGGAAGUCUGACCUAGGAGGUCUCCAGUGUCAAGAAACCUUAGGUGGAGCCCGUCAUCACCCACCUGCCAUUACGUCAUCAGUCUUGCACUGGGCCGCAGUUCCUCUUGCUGCUGGAUAUGUUGACCCUGCUACAGCCGUAGUGCUUAGCAACUGCUUUUAGGGUACAGACUUGCAGGUUGUACCUCUUUCCAGGAAGUUCGAGGGAACAUUCUGUGCAUCCAUCUUGGAGCAUUUUGGCCACCAACUCUUUGAGCCUUUGACUUCCCACAAGUAUGGGGCAGGGGCAGAAACCUGGCUGCUGUUUCUGCCACUUGAAAGGACAUCUGUGUCAGGCUUGCCACUGCAUCUGCUCUGUCAGCACUUUCCCACAGUGGACAUGAUACUGGCUGUUGUCCUCAGCAUCCUAGCCAGUCCUCACAGGUAAUGACAGGAGGACCUGAACGCCUCAGCCCAGUCAGGUGUUCAUUUUUCCUGCCUGUUUAUGUGAUUUCUGCUGUUUUCUUCAGCUCAGUUCACCCCGAUACCAGCAGUCGAACAUUGAGGUUUGCUUCAGCAUCCUGCUGGCUCUUUCUUUGCCUUUGUGGAUAUCCAGUUAAGGCUGGGCUGCUACUCAAGUCAGCCUGUGAAAGGUGUCACUUCUGAGAACUCACGAUCAAACUGGCUACCCUGAUUUCUGCACAUGCCUUUGGCUUGCUCUUGGAGGUCUGAAGAUGUUGUCUGUCAUUAUUCUGGCAGUAAGACACAUGGCUUCCACAAGGCAAAAGCUAGUCCUCUGUCAACUUUUAGAAUUACCCGAGCCACUCAGUGUUGGUUGGAAGUAGACUUGAGUUAAAAAUAUCUCAGGAUGGAUGCAACUGUACCUUGUCCUUGGUGAGGAAACCGUGGUUGCCAGGCUGGCGUAAUUAAAUGGCUUUUUCAUCAGUGAUUAGGCCGGUCCGGAGUCCCAGCAUCAGAGGCUCCAUAGUUAACAGUGACGCUUUCCAAAUUAAAAUGCUUUCCCUCUCAUGGGGAUUUAACUCCCCAGGCACAGAUCUUGCCAAGAGAAUGAUGAGCCCUCAGGGGAUCAAGACCAGGAACCUGUGGAGGGGAGCAGUGUUUAGAUAAGGCCCCAUUUCUCACCAGCCCAUUUGUGGGUGUUCAGCCUCUUGUGGUAUCAAGAAAAGUGUAGCUGUUUCUACAAGUCCUUAACCCUGUUCCUCAUCUGUCACAGCAUUUAGGAGACUGUCACCAUGUAUGUGUUUCAUAAGGUUUCCCCAAGGCAGAGAGCAGAGGAGUAAGAGGGUUGAUCUCUUGGUGAGGUGUUGAGGAGUGUGUGUCCCUGCUAGACGCUGUGGUUUAUGUAGACUGUCCCUUACCCUUCAGUGAUCAGCAUCAAGGCGAGGCCUUUGUCAGGAUGAUAAGGAGACACAGUUAACUACAAUCUUACUUGACACAGCCACUCUACACGGCAUCAGGUGAUCGGCACUGACAGCAAUAGGACUGUGGUUUCCAUCCAGUCCAAUAGUGAUUCUUGAAUUAUUUGCUGUUUACACAAAAUUUACACAAUAACUCAGACUUAGGAAUCUGCAGGUGUGUGGUUUCUACAUAUCCCUGCCAUCUAAUGACUUGUGCCUCUCAUGCAACUCUGAGAAAGUGGAUGGCAUGCACUCCGUGGGAAGAUGUGAGUUAUGUCUGGAACCCAAACAUCGCCCUCAUUUGAGUUCUGUGUUUUGUGGUACAGGGGUCAACCAUUAUUCAGUAUGUGCUCUAGACUAACCCUGACAUCCACUGACUACCUCCUGAGUUUCUGUAUAAACCAGUUACAUUUUUUAGUUUAAAGGUCAUUUUUGGUGACUUAGAAAGAAUUUUAAAUGUAUCGUUUCCUCAGCUAGUGCUGUAUCAUCUCACAGUACAGAUCUGUGUUAAUUUGUGACAGGUUUCACGUGUGGGUUUGUAGAAGUGUAAUAGAGAGUGGCUUUGCACAUACGGUGUGAGUCUUGCUGCUGUGUGCUUAAUGUGGCGACACUUGCCAAAGCUGCUUGGCAAACACGUCAAAAGGGAUGCUUGAGUCACAACUCAAAUGCAAAUGUGUCGCAACAGGAGUGUGUGUCACUAUGAUGUAUUUUUGUAAACACAGUGAUGGCCUCUUUCAGUCAUAUAAGUACUGGAUAAAAAUAACCACUGGAGGGAAAUGUCACUUAACUGAUGGCAAAGCUACUCAUACUGUCAGCCAGGGGCGUGUGUGUGUGUGUGCGCGUGCGUGCGUGCGUGCGUGCGUGCGUCAUGGAGAGGGAAGAAUUGACAUCAGCAAUAUGGAGGGCAAAAGUAAUACCCCAUCAAGUUAGAGGCCACUUGCACUCCCCAUAGUAUAUGGAUUUUAGGAAAUAUUGAGAGAACUGGAAUUCUCACACUAAAUUACUGGCCUUGUCAGUUUGACUACUGAAGGCAGUGGAUUACCAAAAAUUUUGCUUCUAAGCCUCCAUAGCUGUCAGUAAGGGCUAUGUCUUGUUGAAUCACCCCUUUCACCUGUUCCCCAAAUUGCAAUGAAAGUGAUAUGCUAGUGAGACGGACUCACAAACCUGGGUCACUCUGAACAUGGCAGCAGUACAGGCAGGCAGAUGCGCCUCAGCGUGCUGUAGGAGAUCACUCCCAUAGCAAUAGUAACUACACCACCUAAGUGUGACUCCUGACUCCUGCUAGUUGCUUCCUCUCCUCUGCUUGGACCUCACAGCUGCCCUAAGAGCUGUUCCUGACAGGGCGCUCACCUGAGCCUUCUCAGCUCAGUAAGCAGAAUGGCCUCUUCUAUCUGUGCCCGUCAGGCAUAGUUCUCAAAGUCUGCCAACACUUUGGAGUGAACGUUAUUUGAUUUUCUGAUGCUAUCAAGGGAAGGUUGGCGUUCUAUCACUAAAUAUGCAGGUGCUUAAAUAACAAGCUUGUGAAGCCUCCAGGCCUCUCGGGCCGGCAUGAGGCGUGCCCUGAGUGGCAUCCUGUGAGGGAGACCAGAAACCCUUAAAGGAAGUGGGCACAUCAGGAGUCUAGUCCCUCCCACCUUUCUAGAUCCCCUGUACAAAGAUGCAGGAACAAAGGAAGACUUUGGAUCUCGAGAUUAGAUCAUUCACGUGACACCUGGUGAUAGCUCUGGCUAUUGGCCAGUGUUCCCCCUCUGUGUGGCUGAUUUUGCAGCCUCUGGUGACACUUCCAGUUCCGUGGGACGUGAGGUUUUAGUUGACGAUGUCACUGUGAGAACGGUAGAGGAGACUGUAAAGACUAUAGUGACCUGUUGGGUUUGCCCCUGUAGUCGAAAAUUUAACAUCCUUCAAACGCAUGCCAAGGUCACGAUGAGCCUGGCUUGUGCCUCGGGAGCAAGGCCUGCCGGAAGCAGGCGGAGACUCAGUCACUGACCAGCCUGCCCCUGCCCUGGCUAAGCCUUGCUUGCCCUCAUGUUGCUCCUGUGCAGAACGGCAUGUAGCAGCUAACACUGGGGCCAGUUGCCUUUACUCUAUUUUCUAUGAUGAAUACUUGUGGAGAAACUGUGACAAAUCCAUUGAUCCUGAUAUUUUUAUUGUUGGAGUCUUGUGGCUUCUCUGAAUAAUUUCUAUUUGAUUGUACUGUGUAGAGUUCAUACACACUAGGGAUAUGUUAAAGAAGCUAAAAUGCAUAGUAUAAUAUAGAAUAGCAAAAAAAUUUUUGUGAACAAUUUAUAUAGAAGAGUGAGUUGUUUUUUAAGUGUUAGGCCAUUUCUUUUAGGAACCUAAAACGUUUUAAGAGUUUUUUAAACAUUCAAUAUUUUUAAUUAUGAGAGACAUUUGUUACUAGAGCUGAUUAUUUCGGGUGUUCUAAUUGGAAUAUUGAUUUUCUUACCUCAUAUACCUCUAGAAUGCCACAUGUUCUGUUGGGGGUAAAAUUGCACAAUAAAUGUCAAGUUAUCUGUUAAA